AUGUUGCAGAACAGUCUGGAGGCUGUGGUGGCCGAAGAAUGUGAACAAGAGGUGAGAGUGGACCGAGAGGGUCUGGCCAGCAGCUACUCCAUGACUCCCCCAACCCUGAACAUCACAGAGGAGGCAUAUGUCAUUGAUACCCGUGACAGCCUGUCCAUCUCCUGCAGGGGGCAGCACCCCCUUGAGUGGGCCUGGCCAGGGGCCCAGGAGGUACCAGCCACAGGGGAGAAGGAUGGUGAGGACACAGGGGUUGUGCGAGACUGCGAGGGCACAGACGCCAGGCCCUACUGCAAGGUGCUGCUGCUGCACGAGGCUUAUGCCAACAACACAGGCAACUACCGCUGCUACUACAAGUACAUCAAGGCCCGCAUCGAGGGCACCACAGCCGCCAGCACCUACGUGUUCGUGAGAGACUUCGAGCAGCCAUUCAUCAACAAGCCUGACACACUCCUAGUCAACAGGAAGGACUCUAUGUGGGUGCCCUGCUUGGUGUCCAUCCCUGGCCUCAAUGUCACACUGCGCUCGCAAAGCUUGGUGCUGUGGCCCGACGGGCAGGAGGUGGUGUGGGAUGACCAGCGGGGCAUGCGGGUGCCCACGCCGCUGCUGCGUGAUGCCCUGUACCUGCAGUGCGAGACCACCUGGGGCGGCCAGGACUUCCUUUCCAACCCCUUCGUUGUGCACAUCACAGGCAAUGAGCUCUAUGACAUCCAGCUGUUCCCCAAGAAGUCACUGGAGCUGUUGGUUGGGGAGAAGCUGGUCCUGAACUGCACUGUGUGGGCCGAGUUCAACUCAGGAGUCACCUUCAACUGGGACUAUCCAGGGAAGCAGGCAGAGCGGGGUAAGUGGGUGCCCGAGCGGCGCUCCCAGCAGACUCACACAGAGCUCUCCAGCAUCCUGACCAUCCACAACGUCAGCCAGCAAGACCUGGGCCCAUACGAGUGUGAGGCCAACAAUGGUGUCCAGCGAUUCCAGGAGAGCACCGAGGUCAUUGUGCACGAAAAGCCCUUCAUCAGUGUCGAGUGGCUCAAGGGACCCGUCCUAGAGGCCACAGCAGGAGAUGAACUGGUGAAGCUGCCCGUGAAGCUGGCAGCCUACCCACCGCCGGAGUUCCAAUGGUACAAGGACAGCAAGGCAGUGUCUGGGCGCCACAGUCCACACGCCCUCGUGCUCAAAGAUGUGACGGAGGCCAGUGCAGGCACCUACACCCUGGCCCUGUGGAACUCCGCGGCCGGACUAAGGCGCAACGUCAGCCUGGAGCUGGUGGUGAACGUGCCCCCCCACAUCCACGAGAAGGAGGCUUCCUCCCCCAGCAUCUACUCCCGCCACAGUCACCAGGCCCUCACCUGCACGGCCUAUGGGGUGCCCCCGCCUCUCCGUGUUCAGUGGCACUGGCGGCCCUGGACGCCCUGCAAGACCUUUGCCCAGCGCAGCCUCCGGCGGCAGCAGCGAGACCGCAUGCCACAGUGUCAGGACUGGAGGGAGGUGACCAUGCAGGAUGCCGUGAACCCCAUUGAAAGCCUGGACACCUGGACCGAGUUCGUGGAGGGGAAGAAUAAGACGGUGAGCAAGCUGGUGAUCCAGGAUGCCAAUGUGUCUGCCAUGUACAAGUGCGUGGUCUCCAACAAGGUGGGCCAGGAUGAGCGGCUCAUCUACUUCUAUGUGACCACCAUCCCCCUCGGCUUCAGCAUCGAAUCGGAGCCAUCCGAAGAGCCCCUGGAAGGCCAGGCCGUGCGCCUGAGCUGCAAAGCGGACAACUACACGUACGAGCAUCUGCGCUGGUAUCGCCUCAACCUGUCUACGCUGCACGAUGCACACGGGAACCCCCUGCUGCUCGACUGCAAGAACGUGCACCGAUUCGCCACGCCGCUGGCUGCCAGCCUGGUGGAGGCGGCGCCCGGGGCACGCCACGCCACGCUCAGCCUGAGCAUCCCCCGCGUGGCGCCCGAGCACGAGGGCGACUACGUGUGUGAGGUACGGGACCGGCGCAGCCACGACAAGCACUGCCACAAGAAGUACUUGUCAGUGCAAGCCCUGGAAGCCCCUCGGCUCACGCAGAACUUGACCGAUCUCCUGGUGAAUGUGAGCGACUCUCUGGAGAUGCGGUGCCCAGUGGCCGGGACGCACGUGCCCAGCAUCGUGUGGUACAAAGACGAAAGGCGGCUGGAGGAAGAGUCUGGAAUUGACUUGGCAGACGCGAACCAGAAGCUGAGCAUCCAGCGCGUGCGCCAGGAGGACGCGGGCCGCUACCUGUGCCGCGUGUGCAACGCCAAGGGCUGCGUCAACUCCUCCGCCAGCGUGGCCGUGGAAGGCUCAGAGAAUAAAGGCAGCAUGGAGAUCGCCAUCCUCGUCGGCACCGGGGUCAUCGCAGUCUUCUUCUGGGUCCUCCUCCUCCUCCUCUUCUGUAACAUGAGAAGGCCGGCCCACGCUGACAUCAAGACGGGCUACCUGUCCAUCAUCAUGGACCCCGGGGAGGUGCCUCUGGAGGAGCAGUGUGAAUACCUGUCCUAUGAUGCCAGCCAGUGGGAGUUCCCCCGGGAACGGCUGCAGCUCGGAAGAGUCCUCGGCCACGGAGCCUUUGGGAAGGUGGUGGAAGCGUCAGCUUUUGGCAUCAACAAGGGCAGCAGCUGUGACACUGUGGCCGUGAAAAUGCUGAAAGAGGGUGCCACAGCCAGUGAGCACCGUGCCCUGAUGUCAGAGCUCAAGAUCCUAAUCCACAUCGGUAACCACCUCAACGUGGUCAACCUUCUGGGGGCAUGCACCAAGCCCAACGGCCCCCUCAUGGUGAUAGUGGAAUUCUGCAAGUACGGAAAUCUCUCCAACUUCUUGCGCACCAAGCGGGAGACCUUCAGCCCCUAUGUGGAGAAGUCUCUGGAACAGCGAAGGCGCUUCUGCGCCAUGGUGGAGGGAGCCAAGGCUGAUCGAAGAAGGCCAGGGAGCAACGACAGAGCCCUCCUCACACGGCUCCUGAUGGGCAAGGGUGGGGCGGGGCGGGCGUCUCCAGUCCAAGAAGCCGAGGACCUGUGGCUGAGCCCGCUGACCAUGGAAGAUCUUGUCUGCUACAGCUUCCAGGUGGCCCGAGGGAUGGAGUUCCUGGCCUCCCGCAAGUGCAUCCACAGAGACCUGGCUGCCCGGAAUAUCUUGCUGUCAGAAAGCGACGUGGUAAAGAUCUGUGACUUUGGCCUUGCCCGGGACAUCUACAAAGACCCUGACUAUGUCCGCAAAGGCAGUGCCCGGCUGCCCCUGAAGUGGAUGGCCCCUGAGAGCAUCUUUGACAAGGUGUACACCCCACAGAGUGACGUGUGGUCCUUUGGGGUGCUGCUCUGGGAGAUCUUCUCUCUGGGGGCCUCCCCGUACCCUGGGGUGCAGAUCAACGAAGAGUUCUGCCAGCGGCUGAAGGACGGCACCCGGAUGAGGGCCCCAGAGCUGGCCACUCCUGCCAUACGCCGUAUCAUGCUGAGCUGCUGGUCUGGAGACCCCAAAGCGAGGCCUGCAUUCUCGGAGCUGGUGGAGAUCUUGGGGGACCUGCUCCAGGGAAGGGACCAGCAGGAGGAGGAAGAGGACUGCAUGGCCCCGUGUAGCUCUCAGAGCUCAGAUGAGGGCAGCUUUUUGCAGGCGUCCACCACGGCGCUGCACGUUGCCGAGACCAACGCCGAGGGCAGCCCACCAAGCUUGCAGCGCCACAGCCUGGCUGCCAGAUAUUACAACUGUGUGUCCUUUCCCGGGUGCCUGGCAAGAGGGACUCAGACCCUGGGUUCCUCCAGGAUGAAGACAUUUGAAGAAUUCCCCAUGACCCCGACGACCUACAAAGCCUCUGUGGAUAACCAGACAGACAGUGGGAUGGUGCUGGCCUCGGAGGAGUUUGAGCAGAUAGAGAGCACGCAUAGACAAGAAGGCAGGUUCAGCUAUAAAGGACCUGGCCGGAAUGUGGAUGCGACCAGGGCACACCCAGAUCCCCACGGGAGGCAACAGCGGCCUGACCGGGGAGCGCAAGGAGGCCAGGUGUUUUAUAACAGCGAGUACGGGGAUCUGUCGCAGCCAUGCGAGGAAGGCCGCUGCUCCCCGACUGCUCGUGUGCCCUUCGUCACAGACAGUAGCUUCGAAGGCCCCUGCCCUUACUGACCCUGGGCUCCAACAGUUGUGGGGUGGCGGAGGCGGGGGCAUAUUGGGCGGGCAAGCCGAGGGCUGGAGGCCCAGGUUGGGAACUCAUCUUGUUUAGCUCGGACCCAAUAGGAAUUUCCUCUUCCUCCUCUAUAGCCUCCCUAGCUAGGAAGAGCAAAACUCCAAGCUCAAGGGCUCCUCUGAAGUCUGUCAUCAUGUCUGUCCAAGCCACCCUUCAGCCACCCUGGCCCCUUCUCCCCCUCAGAUUCAGAUGCCAUUUAGCUCAGCAUCACAGGUGCUGUCCCCUGGGCUAGGCACUCCUGUGGAGAAUGACUCUUUGAUUGCCUCUUUUCAUCACAGCGGUUGGGUGGCAUGAUCCCCAUUUUCUGAUGAGGUAUACGUGGAUCUGAGAGUCACACAGGGAUUGAGGUAGAGUUAGGCUCGAGCCACAGCCUGCCAGGCCCUGUCCAAAACACGUCCCGUCCACACACAGCCCUGCCUUCAGUGGGGAAUGGCUUUCUUCACCUUCCUCUCAAAGGCUGAAGAGAGGGUGCCAUGUGUCCAUCUCAAAGCCAUGGAUGAAGAAUUUGGGGAGUCCUCUCCUGAUCCCAGCUGAACAGCUCACUAUCUCGUGGGGCAGCCGUCUGCUCAUGAUGAACCAGUGACAGAGGAAAGCAGCACCCGACCUUGAAUGUUGAGAACGAUUCAACAUUUUUUUUUCAUUACUUCAGAGACUGUUUUAGCUGCUGUGAAGAGUUCACUUUUCAAAACUUCCAUCUGAAGGAAGCCCUGGGACAGUCUUACUGAAUUUAAAUGAUUCUGGCUUCUGACCCCAAGUCAGGGUUGUCACAGCAGAUACUGCAGUCACCACAUCUCUCUCUCAAAGGCCCCCAGUCCCAUCCGCCUGGCCCAGCAUCUGGAAAACCAACUGAUGGUGGUCUAGAGCUGCCCAAUCUGGUUCUUCCCUUCGGGGCCUGGAUCUGUCACCCGGUGGGCCUCCCAAGCCGUGAAGGUCCUUGUGAGAGACGAACACCAUGGGUUCCACGGAGGAAGGCUUUGGGACUGGCCCAGAGGACCCACCCAGCAUUUCCCUGUGCCACUCAGCAACCAGUGGAUGUUCCUGUGGCCCUGGGAGGACCCUGCCUUCUGCCUUCCCUUGCCUGUGCCUGGUGUCACCAUGCUGGCUGGGCAAGCCUCUGCCAUCACAGGGGAGAAGCCAAGAGACCCCUGAAGGCCUGGAGCCAUGCUGCCGACGGCCCCAUCUCAGCUCACACGUCCCAACACCCCCCACUCUAUCAGGAGAAAGACCCUCGUUCUAGCUAGUACUCUGGAGACCGACCCCCACCCCAGCCCCUCCCACUAAGACGCUUGCAGGACAGGCGGCCAUGCGGCGAGCAGGGGCUUGCUCGGCAGACCCUCCCCCAGAGUGUAUUGUUACUUUAUGAUAAGUUGAAUGCAUGUAUGACUGUAAUCCUCGUCGUCCCCUGUGGACCUCCUUCCACCUUCCUCUGCACAUCACCUGACUGUGGGGACUUGCAUCCGAGGCUUACCCAGUGAAAGUCAGAGGCUAUUCUCUCUGAGGACCGAAGCAUGCGAUUCGGGUACAGAGGUCCUGAGCCCCUCCCCAUGUACGUACCACCUGUUUGUGUCACCUCUCCACAUGUCACAUAAGUGCACACACAAAAAUGUACUGGGGAAGAAAACCUACUACGCCCUUGUAGACAGUGUUCUCGGAAAAGAUCCAAAAUAUUUAACAAAAGAUAAUAAUAAAUUUGAUGCCAGUCUUUGAGUUACUAUGAA